AUCGCCUUUAAGUGCUGAUAAUUGAGUAUAAAUAGCAUCGUAGUGUCGAUAACAUUAAGAUUAAGAAAAGUAGAAUGGGUUUUCUGUCCCGAAUUCCUGAUUUGAUAGGAAAAAAUCUCAUUUUCAGUGUAAAGCUUGCUUGAAGAGGUCGCAAAAUGGAGCAACUAAAUGGAACUUGUGAAGAUUUAACGUUCAAUGAGAGUAUUGGAUAUAAAAAGCAGGAAAAAGGAUUGGCCACUCAAUCUAUUCAUGCUGGACAAAAGCCUGAAAAUUGGAUGUGCCGUGCCAUAAUUCCACCAAUAUUCACAUCAGUGUGCUAUGAACAGACAAUUCCACGCAACAUGAAUGAUUUUUUCUACACCAGACUCGGAAAUCCAACACGAUCGGUGCUUGAGGAAUGCUUAGCAGCUCUAGAUAAAGCCAAGUAUGCAGUAACAUUCUCAUCUGGUGUGUCAGCAAUCAUGACAGUCAUCACGACUCUUAAAAAUGGCGACGGAAUAAUCGCUAGUAAACAAUUCUAUUCUGGAACUCUUGAUGGUUUGGCAAUUGCUGAAAGAAUUGGAUUUGAUGUCCAAUACAUUGACUUUACUGACCUUAAAAACCUAGAAGAUGCUCUGAAACCAAACACAAAGCUUAUUUGGACUGAAACUUGUAUGAAUCCAACAAUGCAAGUCAUGGACAUCAAAGCUAUUAGUGAUUUGGUUCAUACUAAGUCAGAUGCUGUUGUUGUGGUUGAUAAUACGUUUUUGACACCUUAUUACUGUCGUCCAUUGGAGCUGGGUGCAGACAUUGCACUUUAUUCAUUAACGAAGUACUUUUCUGGACAUUCUGAUAUUCUGGGUGGGUCAGUGACUAUGAAUAGUGAUGAGUUGUACAAGACAGUAAGGUAUGGGCAAGGAGCCUUUGGUACGAUGUUGUCUCCAUUUGACUGCUACUUAGUCAACAGAAGUGUCAAAACUCUUGCGUUAAGAAUGGAAAAGCACUCUGAAAAUUCAUUUAAAGUCGCCAAAUUCCUAGAAUCACAUCCAGCAGUUGAACAAGUCAAUCAUCCAGCACUGAAGAGUCAUAAAGGUCACGAAAUAGCUAUGAAGCAAUUUUCAGGUCAUUCUGGAGUUUUUUCAUUUUAUUUGAAAGGAAAUUCUCACGAAAAAGCAAUAAAGUUCUUUAAAGGAUUAAGAUUCAUUCCAAUUUGUACAAGUUUGGGUGGAAUUGAGACAACAUUGGCAUAUCCGAGGGAGAUGUCACAUCCAAAGUUUUCUGAUGAGGACUGUUUUGCUAUGGGAGUGACUUAUGGACUUGUUAGGAUUUCUGUUGGAAUUGAGGAAUGUGAUGAUAUUAUUAAUGAUUUGAGAGACGCUUUGGAUGGAAUUGAGAAGAGUGGGAAAAAUGUUGAGAAAAUUAUUACGAAAUUUGAGAGAUUGUAAUGAAAAUUAAAUAAGGUUUACGAUUUUAAUAUCGAUUUUUAAACUUUUAUAAAAAAUAAGAAAUAAAAAAAUUACAAAAUAUUAAAAAAAACUUAAAACAAACUUAAAACAAUUUUAAAAUUAAAAAAAAACUUAAAGAAAUUAAAAUAAUUUAAAAAUUUAAA